UCACGGCCAAGGGCAUGGGGGUGGACAGGAUUCUCUUCAACUUCCUCAAGUUGUACAGUGACCCCGGGAACCUGGUCCUGGUGCUCAACACCGGCGUUGCCGAGGAGGUGUCCACGUUGCUCUGGCAACGAACACUUUGUGCAUCGCCUUUAGCCAGGAGCUAUGGCUAAUGCUGGAUACUGGAACAUGCUUCCCAUCUAACAGAUGACCAGGAAUCUUCCCCGCACUUAUUUGUCUGCCCUAAUAUGUGUUGGAAGAAUUUACAGCAAUAUUUUAUUGAACAGCUGCGUUCUGAAGGAGUAACCCACCUUCCGCGCAUUAUUUCCAAUGAAGUUUCAAGUAAUGAUCGUUACACAGUGUACACUGAAGGUGGGAUCUUGUUUGUGACCAGCCGGAUUCUUGUUGUUGACCUCUUAACAGAUCGCAUUCCUGCAAGCCUUAUUACAGGUAUUUUGGUAUACAAAGCUCACCGAAUCAUUGAAUCAUGUCAGGAGGCAUUUAUUCUUCGGCUUUAUCGACAGAAGAACAAAAAAGGUUUUAUAAAGGCUUUCACGGACAAUGCAGUGGCCUUUAGUCUCGGUUUCUGUCGCGUGGAGCGAGUGAUGCGAAACUUGUUUGUUCGAAAGCUGUACCUGUGGCCCAGAUUCCAUGUCGCGGUCGGCUCCUGCCUGGACAAGCACAAACCUGAAGUAAUAGAGUUACACGUAUCUCUGACACCCUCCAUGCUGGCUAUCCAGACUGCUAUAAUGGAUGUAAUGAAUGCAUGCUUGAAGGAACUUAAACGCUACAACCCAUCUUUGGAUGUCGAGGAGCUGUCUCUUGAGAAUGCUAUUGGAAAGUCAUUUGACAAGGCAAUCUGUUACUAUAUGGACCCAAUCUGGCACCAACUUGGGGCAAAAACCAAGUCUCUGGUACAAGAUUUGAAGGUUCUUCGCACUCUGUUAGAAUAUCUAACCCAGUAUGACUGUGUUACCUUUCUCAAUCUGCUUGAGUCUCUUCGGGCUACUGAAAAAGCUUUCGGGCAGAAUUCAGGGUGGUUAUUUUUGGAUGCGAGUAACACAAUGUUUGUGAAUGCUCGAGCCAGAGUGUACAAGCGUCUCGACUCAAAGCUUAAAACCUCAGCAAAUGUGACAAAGGCUGAACCAACAGAAACAGACAAGACAGAACAAAAGGAUCUCAUCCUGGAGCCGAACCCAAAGUGGGAAGCAUUGAGUGAAGUCCUAGCGGAGAUCAAAAGGGAGAAUGAGCCCAGCGAAACAUUGACAGCCUCAGGUCAUGUGCUGAUCUGUGCCAGUGAUGAUAGAACCUGUGCCCAACUGAAGGAAUAUAUUACUGUUGGAGCAGAAGACUUGUUAAUGAGACUGUAUAAUAAAACCUUUGGGAAGAGCGAGAAGGCAGAGGAUGCUGGGAAAGCCUGCAUAAAGGACAAGAAGCCUGCUAAAACCAAGGCAAAAUCGAAACCUGGCAAUGGGCCGAAACUGAAGAAAGCAAAAGCAGAGACUGCUAAAAACAGGAGGAAACCAGAGUUGACAUUAACUCAAAUGGUAGGAACAGAAAAUGGUGAAGGUUCUCAUAAGGUAAAAGAAGGAGAGGGGGAAGAGGAGAUUGAAGAAAGUGUUAGCCCAGAAGCCAACAUCAAGGAAGCUCAAUCGAAGGGUGUGAUUAUGAAACUUCCGACAGAGGCCUGCUAUGGAAUCCUGAAUGAGCCGCUCAUUGUCAUCCAUCCCUUACAGGGCUGCAGUGAUCCCUACAGCCUGUCCCGUGUACUGCAUGAAAUCGAGCCCCGCUACGUUAUACUGUAUGAUGCAGAACUGUCAUUUGUUCGUCAGCUUGAGAUUUACAGAGCAAGCAAGCCCGGCAAGCCUCUCCGGGUUUAUUUCCUAAUAUAUGGAGGCUCUACAGAAGAGCAGCGUUACCUGACCAAGCUGAGGAAAGAGAAAACGGCUUUUGAGCUUUUGAUAAGGGAGAAGGCAAUAAUGGUUAUCCCUGAGGAGAGAGAAGGAAGAGAUGAUUUAAAUCCAGACCUUACACGAAGUGUUGCCCCAGCAACUGCUAUUGCAGACACAAGGAAAGCAGGUGGUCAGACUCAGAAACAUGAGCAGCAGCGAAUCAUUGUGGAUAUGCGGGAGUUCCGCAGUGAGCUGCCUUCCCUGAUACAUCGGCGUGGCAUUGACAUCGAGCCAGUCACCCUGGAGGUUGGUGACUACAUUCUGACUCCCGAUAUCUGUGUUGAACGCAAGAGCGUGAGUGACUUGAUAGGCUCUUUGAACAAAGGCCGGCUGUACACUCAGUGUGUCACCAUGUCCCGGUAUUACAAGCGGCCUGUGCUUCUGAUCGAGUUUGACCCCAACAAGCCUUUUUCACUGAACUUCAGAGGGUCGGCACACAAGGACAUUUCCAUUAAUGACCUUACGUCCAAGCUGACCUUACUGACUCUUCACUUCCCCAGGCUGCGGCUUCUGUGGUGCUCCUCCCCGCACGUCGCUGCUGAAUUGUUCGAGGACCUGAAACGGAACCGGCCUGAGCCGGAUGCAGCCGCUGCCGUGGCGGUCAGCGGUGAUUCUGAAAUGGUUUCCGAGUCGGACAGGUACAACCCCGGCCCGCAGGACUUCCUGCUGAAAAUGCCCGGAGUCAGUACAAAAAACUGUCGGGCCCUGAUGAACCAUGUGAGGAGCAUUGCUGAACUAGUGACACUGUCUCAGGAACGACUAGCAGAGAUCCUGGGGAAUGCCAACAAUGCCAAACAGCUCUGGGAGUUUAUUCACACCUCCUAUCUGGAUUGUACAGUGCAGGGAAAGUAUCGAAGGUGAUAUUCAAAGUGGACAGGGUUUAAUAAACACUUUACUCUCAAUGUCUGUGCUUACCAGUUGCUGUUAACUGGAAAGAUUAGACACUUUAAGGAGAUGUUGAACUUUAAUUAUGCAAACUUUAAUAUAAUUAGAAAAAUAGCAGAAUACAUUACAGUAUGCCCAUUACAGGCUUAUGAUCCAUCAGUAAACUUAAAGCAGGAGCUCUCUUUGUCUGCUUACAAUAUUUUUAGUCAGAGGGAGCUCCAGAUUCAGUGUUGAUGGAUUUUGACUGUAAAUGCUACCAGAUAUUGUACAAUGUUUUUGGUUCACUCGAGAAAGAUGCAGAAAUGCUUGAAAGGGAACAAGUCCUGGAAGGUGGAACGUAAAUAUUGCUGAAGAAGUUCUGCUUUCACCUUGCUGUUUUCGUUUGAAACUCAGCUGCCUAAAGGCUGUCGAUAAGUGCUGAUGCAGUUUCUAACCAGUCCAGUCGGCUUUUUCAGUACUGAAUAUGAUCAACCAAGGUGUGUUUCUUUUUUUCAUCAUGGACCUGUAUAUGUUAAUGAGUUGCAGUUUUCCAAGGCUUUGUUAGCCUUCUGCUUAUUUGCAUUUUACCCGUAAGGAGUCUUGGCUUCAGAAAGCUGUUUUAUCAAUUGAAUCCAACUCUGCCUGUGGUUUUCCUUCUGCCUUUGAAGCCAUUAGCAAAUUUUAUAAAUGGUGAACUAAGGUAAUGGGAAUCUUCCUGAGGUUUAAAUCCAUGAAAUAGCUCUGAUGUUUCUUUUUUUCAUUGUGUGAUUUCUGUAUUGUUUGGCUGUUAGACUGCUGUCAGGGGAUGGAGCCCUGAGUCGUUGUUCAAGUCGUGUCAGCUGCAGCUCAGUAGGUAGUACGUUUGCCUCUGAGUCAGAAAGUUGUGGGUUUGAGUCCUAUUCCAGAAACUUAGCAUAAAGAUCAAAGCUGGCACCGCAGCUCCAUACUGAAGGAGUACAGUCCUGACAGAGGUGCUAUCUUUCAAAUGAGACAUUAAACUGAAACAUGCCUGCCCUCAGACUAAUACUUUUUUAAAAAGAGUACCAUAACACAGCUUAGAGGAAAGCAGGUGUGUUAUCCUCCACCUGCUGGCCAAUGUUUAUCACUCAGUCAACGUCACAAAAACCAGUCAUCAAACAUCCUGUUGUUAUACUGUGCAUGAACUGAUUAUUGCAGUUCCAGAGGUCCAACAUUUGACACUUCAAAAGUAUCCCAUUGAUUGUGAAGCUAUUCCAAUGCCUUCUGAUCACAAAAGGCAUUAUAUCAAUGUCUUAUCUCAGUGUCUGCGUGAUAUCGUGAAAAUUUUUUAGUAAGAAAUUCUGCUGAGCUAUUUGGCAAUCAACUUUUAUGACAUAAAUAUUCUGACAUUUCUAGCACCUCUUAGGAAUGAGGCCUUAAAAAUAAUAAUUAAUUUAAUCUGCUACCUCUUACACUCAAAGUUGUUUUUGAUGUAUAAAUUAGACCUUUGUAAUGUCAUAGGGUAUAAACAUUUUAAAUAAAAGUUGGAGCACAUUUGUGGCUUCUGAAGUCUUUUGGAAUUGCUUGGUUUAUGAGUUGAGACAUGAUCUCAGCUCAUUGUAACACUCGUGGGAAAACAUUCCGUUUUGAAAUGUUAAAGCAGAUUAGAUUUUCUUAAAAAUAUUUAAUGCCACAUUCAGUUUGUAACAGAACAGAUAACGUCAAGCCUUUUCAGGAAUGUUUUUUCUUGGGGGGAAAAAAAAGAGUAAGUACAAAUGAAUGUGGAUUUUAAUCUACCUUUAGGAAACUGUAGUUCAUGGAGUGGGGAUGCGGGUUGUAUUCAAAUAUUUGUAUAGUGUGUAUCAAUUCUGACUGAAAAUAAACUUAAAGAAAAAUCA